UCUUGAGGCAAGCUCAAAACCCAUCCACCUUUUUUUUACCUCUAUUACUUAAUUUUCAUUUAUUAUUAUUAAAAAGUAGCUCUAAAAUUUUUUAGCUAUUUUUCUUUCCAUAUUUUUAACACUUGUACUUUAUUUACACUAUUUUUUAUCUAUUCAAAAACGAGACUGCCAGCACAUUACAACACAGCAUUUCUCCAAAGCGAACCCUUAUUAUCACAUCUCUCACACACCAACACAAUCCAUCAUGUACUUCCCGAGCACCAACCCUUGCAGCUCUGGCUCCACCACGACUGUCAAAAAGAGCGCUGCGCCAUCGCGCCAGCUCACUCUGACCCUGCACACACCCACUGCACCUGCCACACCACACAUCACCAUCAAAUCGUGCUUGAAGAAGGCGUGCAUGCAAUCAAAGCAGAAACAGCAGCAAUCCAUCUCAUUUUCCGUCCCGCGUUUCGUGCAUUUUGACACCACGCUCGAACACACGCGGUUGUUCUACAAGGCCGAGUCCCCGAAGCAGGCCUCCAGCGACCCGAUUUCCAACACAUCUUCUCCCAGGGCCCAGCCUACGGUUGCGCAGGGCAACAUGAUCAUGACUCCAGUCAGGAAGCCGACCCCAUCAUUCUUGCCCUUUGAGGCUUCGCCGGUGGUCCUCGAGUCUGUGACAUACUCUGCCAACGCAUUUUCGGGCACAAUCAAGGUCCAUAACCUGGAUUUUGAAAAAACCGUACUUAUGCGCCUGUCCAAGGAUGCGUGGAAGACCUUUGAAGACGUGGAGGCCUCGUUUGUCUGCUCCAUUGUUGUUGCUGACGGCUCCCGGCCUGGUGUCGACCGCUUCCGCUUCAGCAUCCCGCUCAAUGCCACUGCGCCCACAGAGGUUGCCAUGUGCGUCUGCUACAGAGUCGGCGGCCAGGAGCACUGGGACAACAACAAUGGCGCCAACUACUUGUUCAAGCUGGCUCCCGCCCCUGCCUCUGCCUCUGCUAUUGCAGCAACCACUAGAGCGCCCAGCAGCAGUGCCAGUGGCUCGCCGACUGUUGUGCGCAAGAGCGCUUCUGAGUUUAGCUAUAGCUUUGGUGCGCCCACUGUGCGCCGAGCCAGCAAGCCUUCUAGCUCAACUCCCGCGAGCACAAUCAGCAGCGCCGAUACUCGCCGGUAUAUGCGCUACUCAGAGAACUUGUUCUCUUCGGCCGCCGCCGCAUCCACAUCCACAUCCACAUCCACAUCCACAUACACUGCAGGUUUGCCCAUGUUUUCCACAUCGCCGUGGUCCAUCUAUGGCGAAUUAUCCGCCAGUGAUAUUCACCGCGAACAAUCUUCUAUGUGCGCCGGAUCCCCAUUGUCUAACGCGCAUCAUUCUUGGUCGCCGUUCCCCACAACUCUUUUGCAUUGCUGAGAAGGGAAUAUGGCGAUUCGAAAAGGCGGGUUUUAUUAAACUAUCUUUGUCGAGGGAUGUUUUUUCAGGCAUAACCAAUUUUUCUUUCCACUUAGCGAAUCGGAAUUAGCAUUAUUUUUCUGGUUUUUUAUUUACGACUUGCACAUAUAUUCAUUUACUUUAAUAAUUUCAACCUUGUAAUAUCCAAAUUCCAUGUUUAAUAAAAGAAACAUUGGGAUAAUUCAAA